AUGGAUCCACUCUUCCAUGUUCUCAACGUCCUACCUUUCUCCUUCCUCCGGCCACCGCGUCUCCGCCUCAAACUCCCAACCAUAACCCUCCCUUCCCCUAUGACCGUCUUCUCCCUCGUCCUUCUCACUUACUUCAUGGUUGUCUCCGGUGUCGUCUACGAUGUCAUCGUCGAGCCUCCAGGCAUCGGAUCGACUCAAGAUCCGCGAACUGGCACCGUCCGACCAGUUGUUUUCAUGUCCGGCAGAGUCAACGGGCAGUACAUUAUCGAAGGACUUUCUUCCGGCUUCAUGUUUGUGCUAGGCGGAAUGGGAAUUAUACUCAUGGACCUCGCGAUCUCCCCGAAUCGUGCCAAGAGUCUGAAGAUCUCGUUCGCUGGUGCUGGGAUCUCGUUCGUGGUUAUUGCCUAUGUGAUGAGUAUGCUCUUUCUUCGUAUUAAGAUUCCUGGUUAUCUCCGUUGA